UUUGCAUCAUUAUUCUUAAGGUAUGUACAUACAUAUGUAAAUUACUUAACUUGUGCAUUUUAAUUGAUUUUCUCGUUAUUACAGAUUUGCAACAAUUAAAAUUAAAACCCACCAUCAUCUUUAAUGCCGUCACCAGCUGAUAUCGCACGCACCUCCUCCAUCACCUUUAAUGCCACCACCAACAUCGUACCAUCACCUUCAACACCGGUACCAGAAGUAUCGCCACCAUCAUCAUUCAACACCGGCACCAGCAAAAUCGCACCAUCAACAUUCCACGCCUCUACCAGCAAAAUCACCUUCAACAUCGCCACUAUUACUUUAAGGCCACCACCAACAUCACCUUCAACGCCUGCACCAGCAAUGUUAUACACAUCCACAUCAAUGGUCCUCUGCAAUAACUACAAAAUUCAAAAUUCAAAAAAUAAAAACUGUUACUACUGUUAUGUCGCUCUUUUCUGUAAUCCUCGUCUAAUCCAUUUCCAACCUUUUAUAAAGUAAGCAGUAAGGAUUGCUAAAGUAAGUACUAAAUAUUAGACAUGGAUUCGACAUGGAUUAGAUAGAUAUAUGAGCCAAUUAACAGUAGUAAGGGUUUUGUUUUUUGAAUUGUGAAUUGUGUCGUUAUUGCACAGGACCAUCGAUAUGUAC